CUGAACAUUGACAAAAACACAAAUAUUACCUCGGAACCACCCAAGGUAAAUCAUCGCAACCUCUCCCAAUAUCAACAUGACUCUCACCGUCCACCAUCUUGGUAUAUCGCAAUCGGAUAGGGUCGUCUGGCUCUGCGAAGAGCUUGACAUUGAUUAUGAGUUGAAGAAGUAUGACCGGGCUCCGAUCAUGGCGCCGGACGAGUAUAAGGCCUUGCACCCUCUGGGGUCAGCUCCUGUCAUCGAAGAUGGCGAUGUCAAAAUUGCGGAAUCGGGUGCUUGUGUGGAGUACAUCUUGCAGACCUGGGGUAAUGGAAAGUUGGCACUUUCCCCCGGAGACAAGGACUAUUCCGAGUACCUAUACUGGUUCCACUUCGCGAACGGAACUCUACAACCUACUCUGUUCCUAAAUAUGUCAAUGUCUCGGACGGGACUGGACGAGGCAAACCCAUCCGUAAAAUACCAUAAGGCAAGGCAAAUUCAACUCAUCGAAUAUAUGGAUCGACGCUUAUCCAACGUGCCUUGGCUCGCCGGUGAGCAGUUCACCGCCGCCGACGUAAUGAACGUCUGCUGCCUCACGACCAUGCGUUGCUUUGCACCUUACGAUCUUGGUGCAUAUCCCAACAUACUGUCUUACCUCAAGCGCGUCGCCACACGAGAUGGAUAUAAGCGGGCAGUCCAGAAAGGAGAUCCGGAUCUGUCCGUCGACCAGUUGAUCGGCGCUACUCCUCCGCCUAUGCAAAAAGCCGUGGCGGCAGCCAUUCAAGCCCGCGGACGGCUAUAGGGGAAAUGAUAGACCAUGUAGAUAAUGGUACUACCAUCCUAGUCUACCUACCUAGCUGCAUAGGUUGCUACCUAUUAAUAGGUAAGUACGUAGGUAGGUAUAUAAGCAGCCAAGAAAUCGCAUCUAUUGUUGGUAUCUAGCAUGCACGAGACGGGUCCGACAUUUGGCAGAUAUGGCUGUCAGGACUACGUAAGUGUGUGUGCUUGUAUUCAAGAAAUAUGGGACACGCAAGAUAACUUACCUACCUUUUCUUCCUACCGGGCAGCCGGGUGGGUAUCUGACAGGUUCCUUCAAUAAUGAAUCUCAAAGAAUCUGGGGAACAAAAUAUGUCGUUCGGGCGGGUAAUUCGGAUUGGUAAGUGAUGGGGCUUUGCGAACUCUCGGUCCCGAGACAGUUGACCGACUACCUACUUAGGUAGGUAGGUAGAGUCUAUUACCUACUCAUGUACCUCUAAUACCAAAGCAAAGACUUUAUACAGGGAUCCCUAAUCAGCCUUUCCCAUGGACUGAUUGUGCUUUUUC